GAGACAGAGCCCUGAAGCAAAGACAUCUGGGUCAGAGAAAAAGUAUUUAAGGGCCAUGCAAGCCAAUCGUAGCCAACUGCACAGUCCUCCAGGAACUGGAAGCAGUGAGGAUGCCUCAACCCCUCAGUGUGUCCACACAAGGUUGACAGGAGAAGGUUCUUGUCUUCAUUCUGGAGAUGUUCAUAUCCAGAUAAACUCCAUACCUAAAGAAUGUGCAGAAAAUACAAGCUCCAGAAAUAUAAGGUCAGGUGUCCAUAGCUGUGCGCAUGGAUGUGUACACAGUCGCUUACGGGGUCACUCCUACAGUGAAGCAAGGCUGCCUGAUGAUACUGCCGCCGAUUCUGGAGACCAUGGUAGUAGCUCCUUCUCAGAAUUCCGCUAUCUCUUCAAGUGGCUGCAAAAAAGUCUUCCAUAUAUUUUGAUUCUGAGUGUCAAACUUGUUAUGCAGCAUAUAACAGGAAUUUCUCUUGGAAUUGGGCUGCUAACAACUUUUAUGUAUGCAAACAAAAGCAUUGUAAAUCAGGUUUUUCUAAGAGAAAGGUCCUCAAAGAUUCAGUGUGCUUGGUUACUGGUAUUCUUAGCAGGAUCAUCUGUUCUUUUAUAUUACACCUUUCAUUCUCAAUCACUUUAUUACAGCUUAAUUUUUUUAAAUCCUACUUUGGACUAUUUGAGCUUCUGGGAAGUACUUUGGAUUGUUGGAAUUACAGACUUCAUUCUGAAAUUCUUUUUCAUGGGCUUAAAAUGCCUUAUUUUAUUGGUGCCUUCUUUCAUCAUGCCUUUUAAAUCUAAGGGUUACUGGUAUAUGCUUUUAGAAGAAUUGUGUCAAUACUACCGAACUUUUGUUCCCAUACCAGUUUGGUUUCGCUACCUUAUAAGCUAUGGGGAGUUUGGUAACAUAACUAGAUGGAGUCUUGGGAUACUACUGGCUUUACCCUACCUCGUACUAAAACUUUUGGAAUGUUUUGGGCAUCUGAGAACUUUCAGACAGGUUUUGCGAAUAUUUUUUACACAACCAAGUUAUGGAGUGGCUGCCAGCAAGAGACAGUGUUCAGAUGUGGAUAUUUGUUCAAUAUGUCAAGCUGAAUUUCGGAAGCCAAUUCUUCUCAUCUGUCAGCAUAUAUUUUGUGAAGAGUGCAUUACCUUUUGGUUUAACACAGAGAAAACAUGUCCACUCUGCAGAACUGUGAUUUCAGACCAUAUAAACAAAUGGAAAGAUGGAGCCACUUCAUCACACCUUCAAAUAUAUUAAGUUGUAUAAACUAUUAAGGCCACAAAAUACUAAUGUCAUUUGGUCAUAAUGACUACAGAUAAGGCAUCAGAAUGGAUUUUCAGGGCUACAAGAAAAAUGUUUCCAGAUGGUUUUAGAAUGUAAGACUUAUGGUCCAAUUCACCAAAAGAUUAAAUGAAAGAACCCUGUGUUUUAAAAUAUAUAUAAUGUUCAACCUAAUGUAUAUGCAACAUUUAUUCUAUUCUAAUUAUUUGACAGGUAACUGCAGUGUUAAAUUGUAAAUGUGUUUUCUUAAUGUUACCAAAACAGCAAUUUGAAAUUAGAACUAGUGGUUUUAGAGAACUCAGGUAUUCUUUCCUGACAUUGUUUUCAGAAUAAAGAAUAUUUUUCAUAAUAUUUUAAGAUACAUACUAUCUAAAAGUAGAAUUUUGUUCAGCAUUGACUUUUAUAAUUCUCAUCCUAAAAAUUCUUACUAUUUUCAUAAAAUUUGUAUUUUUAAAUGAAAAUUCUAAAUGUUGUAUUUUAUCAGUAACAGAUUUUCUAAGUGAAGAUUAAUUUACUGAGGAUGAUCCAUUUUAGUAUUGUAUUAUUCUCUGUAGUAAGAUUAGUAAUCAGUUAAAUGAUGUAAAUUCAUUUUGUCUCUGGACGUCAUAAAUUCUUCCUGCCAUCAGCUUUAAUGUUCGUGGUCAUGCUUUUUGUAUAGUACCAUGGGAGUAUCUUGAAGUAACUAUUAAAAUAAUUCAUGUGGAUUAUAAA